UUCCGGCGCAGGCGCGCGCGGAGGUGAAAGGUCGGCAAGAUGGCGGCGGCCUCUUCGGGCGACGAGGCGCCGGACAAUGAGGACUAUUAUUCGUUGCUGAACGUGCGGCGGGAGGCCUCUCAAGAGGAGUUAAAAGCCGCCUACCGCAGGCUGUGUAUGCUGUACCAUCCCGACAAGCACCGAGACCCAGAACUGAAGCACCAGGCUGAGCAGCUCUUCAACCUCCUUCACCAGGCUUAUGAAGUGCUCAGCGACCCCCAGACCAGAGCCAUCUAUGACAUUUAUGGAAAGCGAGGCCUUGAAAUGGAAGGAUGGGAGGUGGUGGAAAGGAGGAGGACCCCCGCCGAAAUCCGGGAGGAGUUUGAACGGCUGCAGCGCGAGAGAGAAGAGAGGCGGCUUCAGCAGCGGACGAACCCCAAAGGAACCAUUAGCGUCGGAGUAGAUGCCACCGACCUCUUUGAUCACUACGACGAGGAGUACGAGGAUGUGACAGGGAGCCCUUUCCCCCGUAUCGAAAUCAACAGAAUGCACAUAUCACAAUCGAUCGAGGCCCCGCUAACGGCCACGGACACCGCCAUCCUCUCAGGGAACCUCUCGACGCAGAACGGCAACGGCGGCGGCUCAGUCAGCUUGGGCCUCCGGCGGGUGACGUCCGCCAAAGGCUGGGGCGAGCUAGAAUUCGGAGCUGGCGACCUGCAGGGCCCUGUGUUUGGCCUGAAGAUGUUUCGAAAUCUCACCCAGCGAUGCUUCAUCACCACCAACUGUGCCCUGCAGUUCUCCUCGCGUGGGAUCCGCCCAGGCCUUACCACGGUCCUGGCCCGAAAUCUGGACAAGAACACCAUGGGGUAUCUGCAGUGGCGCUGGGGCAUCCAGUCAGCCAUGAACACCAGUGUUGUCCGGGACACCAAAACCAGCCACUUCACGAUGGCGUUCCAGCUGGGCAUCCCUCACUCCUUCGUCAUGGUCAGUUACCAGCACAAGUUUCAGGACGAAGAUCAGACACGUCUGAAAGGAUCGCUCAAGGCUGGCUUUUUUGGAACCAUCGUGGAGUACGGGGCCGAGCGGAAGAUCUCAAAACACAGUGUCCUCGGUGCCACGGUCAGCGUCGGUGUGCCCCAGGGCGUCUCGUUGAAGAUCAAGCUGAACAGAGCCAGCCAGACUUACUUCUUCCCCAUCCACUUGACCGAUCAGCUGCUGCCCAGCGCCGUCUUCUACGCCACGGUGGGGCCCCUUGUCUUCUACUUCGCCAUGGAUCGGCUGAUCGUCCAACCCUAUCUCAGGGCACAGAAGGAGAGGGAUUUGGAGAAGCAGCGAGAGAGCACCUCCAGUGACACCCUGCAGAAGAAGCAGGAAGCAGAGGCUGCCGUGCGGUUGAUGCAAGAAUCCGUCCGGAGGAUCAUUGAGGCUGAAGAAGCCAAGAUGGGCCUGAUCGUCGUGAAUGCCUGGUACGGGAAGUUUGUCAACGACCAGAGCAGGCGGGACGAGAAGGCCAAGGUGAUAGACGUGACGGUGCCCCUGCAGUGCCUGGUGAAGGACUCCAAGCUCAUCCUCACCGAAGCGUCCAAGGCUGGCCUUCCUGGGUUCUACGACCCCUGCGUCGGGGAAGAGAAGAACUUGAAGGUGCUCUACCAGUUCCGUGGCGUCCUCCAUCAAGUGAUGUCAGCCGACAACGAGGCCCUUCGGAUACCAAAGCAAUCUCACCGGAUCGACAUGGACAGCUAAUGCAGCAGGGAAGAGUGGCGGGGGGGCUCCGUUCUGCCCCGGGUCAGCAGAAACGGCAUCCGUUUUCCUGUUCUGGAUUUGAAAACAGCUUCAUGCCUGUGGAGGAGCAGCUUACUUCACGGCCUAGAGAAAAAGUGGCUUUGCACCCGUGGCGUUGGGGGAUGAGACGAGCAGGAACAGGGCCGGGCUUUCCCACUCAAUUGGCCAGCUGUCCUGGAAUCCAGAUGCGCCCUGGCUGCAUGCAUUUCUUUAGCCUCCAUGUGUCUCCCGCCUCUGGUAGCGAUGCCCAGCGGGUAGGCCUUGUCCCUCUCAUCUCUCUGGCGUGCCAAGCAGGGUAAGAGCACGCAAGGGGAACGAGGGGCAGUUAGCCACAAACCAGUUUGGGGACCAAUCGGAGCAUCGCCGACCGGAAAUGCUUUCUGCUGGGCUCAGCCUUCCCUCCUGGAGAAGUCUGAUCCUCUUGUUGGGCAGUUAAAGGCUGCAGGAAGGCUGGCAGAGAGAGCGGCCACCACCAAGGGUGGAAGAGGGAGCGAGAAGCCAGCUUCUUGAGGGUCAGCGUGGAGAGGCCUGUGUGGACCGCGGGGAGGCUAAACUGGACACCUGUGCAGAAUGCGGCUCUUGGGCCUUAAGCCUCUCCUCCCCUUCCUUUGCGGAUCAGUUCCAUUUGGGAAAGCUCCCUGAAUUACAGCCACCCUCAGCUGGAGAAAAACGAACGUCGAUGCCCCAAAGCCGGGACCUGCUGGCUGCGCCCUUCUUCUUGUCUAAAUCCGGUGCUGCCCCACACUGGGCCAGCUCCGAAACAAGGUAUUUUCCCAACGCGUCCCUUCCAUAGGCAACGGUGUCUGGGUUCACGCACCACCCGGGGAAUCCCUUUCUUCUCACGCUGCUGGAGUAAUAGCACCGUUUGGUUCCGAUAAUCCUAACGAUUCCCUGUGCAAAGCCGCGCGGGGCUGUUUUAUUCCUUUUCGCCGCCACCCGGCACCGCCAGCUCGUCACGCAGGAGCCAGGCCAACCCUGGGUCCUGCUGCUCGAGGGCUCUGUCUCUGCUGACGGACGGUGCUUUUCUGACCCCCCCCCAUCCCCAUAAUUGAGCUCCCGAGGGCGGGGGCCCCUCUAGUUUCUUCUGUAACAUCCGAGGACAAUAAAACAGCCCACUUUUGUGAA